UGAUAACAGCGUGACCCGAUGACGACUCCAAUAUAGACACUAGCCACGACAGCGAAGAAAACAUCUGCGUUGCCCGACUGGAAGUUCAGUUCUGCUAAGCUGUAGCCAAGAUGAAGGAGCAGUGGAAGAAGCUUGAUAACGACGUUAAGCUUUUGGUAGACGUGGAGGAAGGCAAUAAGCAGCCAAUCAAAAUCAACAUACCGCUGUCAGCUUUAAAACCUCCGGGUGACGAAUUUUACUGCAACAAGUUGCUCACGGUGCUAAGGGUAUGCGUACUUUUGGCCUUGUUGAUAUUAUUAGGAUGGACAGCAACAACUCUAUACUGUAAUUACUACGAUAAAGCUAUUCCACUGGGCGAGGAGAAUUUGGAGAAUAAAUUUGCUUUUCAGAGAUUAGUUUAUAAGAAUAAAGAUGUCUUUGAGGUGGACAAUCAAUUCGAAAAAUCGGAUUCUGAGGCUGAAGUAUUUAGGGAUUCGACGAAAAAAGUUCUAGAUCAGAUAGCUGUGGAAAUGAAAGGUUUCAAUCAAAGACUUGAUCAAUUGAAAGAAAAAAAACAGCCAAUUAUAGAAAUCAAGACGGUACCGGAUGAUGUAAAAUUAAUUGAGGAUGAGCUCGUUACUUCUGAGCGUUCUGAUCAAACACUAGAUUCGUUAUUCGAUGAAUUAGCUAAAGAGGUAGGUCUUGCAGAUAAUCAACUACCUAAUAAAGUUUACAUAGAGAAUAAUCCAGAACUAGCUACUAUUAUAAUCACUGAGCCACAAGAUGGAGAUUUUAAUAGCUUACAAAACGAUUUUGACCAGUUUAAAUUGGGUCCUCUUCUUGAAAAUUUAGAUGUUAAACAAAUUAUAACAGCAAGUAUACCUACAAACAUUGGUGAAAGAUCUGAAAAGUCUGGCUAUCAAACCAAAUUAUUCCGUGAUUUUUCAUAUGAACCUUCCCAACUCUUUAAUGAGUUUUCGAAAGAUAAAUUAAAUGCUGAAUCCGAACUUAAUGCUAUGAUCAGGAAUAGAGAUAUUGUAGAAAAUGAUAACACAAAUGACGAGAUCCAGAAGGCAUUUUCCAAUAUAUUAGCUGAAAUUGCAGCAGAAGCGGUUGCCAAUGACGAUGAGAGUAAUAAAAAAGAUCAAGAAGUGGAUCAAGCUAUACAAGCGAUGAUAAACAAAAUAGAUACAAGUAAUCUGGACAGUGACAGUGAACAGAAGGAAGAAAAAGAGGAUAAGGUUGAUGAUGGUGUAAUAGAAGAACUAAAUGAAAAUGUGGAGGAAAGUUUUAUGGAUGGUUUAGUGAACGGUUUUGUUGACACUUUGUUUGGAGAUUUAACAGAGGAGGAUGCAAAAGAAGAUGAUUUACUUGAAAAUUCCAAUAAUGGAAACGUUGAAGAAAGUCAAAAUGAAGAUAGAGUUGAAAAAGAAAUGAUUGAACAACGUGAGCAAGAUGAAAUAAUCAGACGGAUUAUUAGUGAAUCACUUGUAGAUAUGGUAAUUCAUGAUAUGACUGAAGAUGAAUCUAAGAUGGAAAAUAAAUCUAAUGAAGAUGGAUCUAAAUCAUCCCUGUUUGAGGAACUUGUCAAGCUUAUGGUAAAUGAUAAUGAGAACAAGAAAGAUAAUGCUUCAACUAUUUCAGAAGAAAAGAAUGAAUACAUUCCACCAACUACUGACUACAUCUCUGUGCAAAUUACUCAUUCUGAUCCAAGAUUUUCCAGAAUUUUUAAUGAAGAAACAGCAAGCGAUUUUCAUCAGUUUUUUUCAUCGAAUGACUAUAUUGAAGAGCCCAUCACAUUUUCGGAAAACAACGAAAUGAAUAUUAGCGAGCAAGCCUCGAUUCAGGAAGAUUUAUCAACACAAAAAACUUUUAUCGAUAUGGUACCAAGCGUUGAAUAUGUAAAAAAAAUUGAAGAGAAUCCUUUUAUUCCCAGGGUAGCCAAAAUGCUUGAACCACUUGUUGGACAAAAUCAUGAGCUGUUGACCUGGUAUUACACUCAGAAAGAUCUUCCAUAUUUUCUCAGAGGUGCUGACAAGUGGAAAAUCUUUGGUGCCAAGUUACUGUACGACUCAAACAUCAAAGAUUAUCCUGCCGAUGCAACGAUCGUUUCCGGACUUACUUUCGAGAAGGUAUACGGUGGCGCUGAAUAUCCAAGUAACAGCGAGGAAAUUAAAUCUGACUUGCAGCAGGAAAUUAUCAACAGAUUGAUACUCAAGUCAUACCUGAACAAAAUGCUGUUGGAAGGCAACGCGGACGCUGAAACUCUUUCAGAGGUCAUUGAGCAAUACAAUAUGGAGAAGCUCAAGGAGCUUAACAUUGAUCUUCAACAGCUGACAUAUGUAGGUGAUUUUUUUGAACUUGAUAGCAAAUACAACGAUGGUCUUACAAUUCCAAUUGUUCAAUUUGAUCCAUUUGUGGAUGAAUCAAGGGAGGCUAACGAACAACGAGCUAAAGUCAUCAAAGCUUUUGAAAUGACAAGGAAUUCGGAAGACAACAAACUUCGCAAUGGUUUUUUUGAUUCAAUAAGUUCAGAAAGGUCAGAACAAGAGCAGCAGUCCGAGUUAUCAUCAACCGUUAUAGCCGAAGAUGCCAAAGAAAAUUCAAAGGAUUCAAGACAACUAUUUGAAUUUGCAACGAGUGAAGCAUUGCCAGAAACUUCUGAGACUUUAAAUCAUUCAAAUGAUUAUGUGAGCGAUGAAUCGUCAGAAACUUUCAGGGGCUCGUUUGAUCGGCAAGUUGGAAAAAGCGACGAGUCGUCAGAAACUUUCGAUGAUUGGUUAACCGAAUUUGUACCAAAAGAUGGCCUGUUCAGAUUUCGUAGAUCACUAGAUUCUGCGUAAAUGGAAUGAAUUAGUAAAGACGCAAAUUUUACAAUAAUUGAAAAAAGUUGAUCGAAUUAUAAAAGAAACAAUCAUCCUGGUUGUGAAUUGUAGUUAACCAAUUCCUGCUAUCUCAAGAAAUAAGUUUUUACUAUUUAUUAUUCUAAAAAUACAGUUUUCGAUUCUAUUGAAUGUUUUUUUUCAAACAAAUGAACAAUCCAGAAUAAUAAACUAUCGACUAUUAUUACAAUAAAGCUGUACUAUGGAUCAAUUAAUGUAAAACACAGAAGAGCUUGAUUUGAAUUACUUCUUGUAAAAUAAUAAUUUAUUUAAAAGAUGUUAAGCUGCGUUAUUGCAGUGUAAUGGGAAGUUUGUUGCUAGUACUCUGCAUUGUAAUGUGAUCUGUUAAUAACAUUGUUGUAUUUAUAUUUUAAUAAAAAUUCAUU